AUGAGAUUUUCAAAAGCUAAUGAAAAGAUUUACAAAAACUCUAAAGUACCAUCAGUUGAAGUAAUAAUAGGUGAUGUGUUAUUAUUUCUUGAUUCUAUUGUUAUUGGUAAAGAUUUUUCAUCUUCUAAUUUUAAAGGUUGCGAUGGUGAAUUUGAACCAAUUGGUGAUGAUUGGUGUAAUCCUUCCAAUGAAUCAAUUUGGUAUAUGCUCUUGAUCACUCUCAGUAUCUGUAGAGCCUCUGAAACUUAUCAAAUGAAAGGAGAUUUUGUCUUAGGAAAUGGAACAAGAAAAUCAAUUGGCUUGAAUUUUGUGAAGUUGCUAUUUUUAUCAUGUGAGAUUUUAUCAUAA